AUGACCUCGCAGGCAACGGUCGCUGUCAUUGGCGCCGGGCCAACUGGGCUAUCCAUGCUCAAGACGCUACGCGAGGAUGGCUUCAAGGUGACCUGUUUCGAGCGCCGAACCAAGGUCGGUGGCCUGUGGGCGUAUACAGACGACAAGACCAUGACUUCUGCGUAUCGCACGACGGUCUCGAAUUUGAGCAAAUACUCUUGUGGCAUGUCCGACUUUCCCAUGCCCGACAAAUACCCCCAUCACUUGAGCCAUGCCGACUUUCAGGAGUACAUGGAGUCGUAUACACGACAUUUUGACCUUUUCAAGGACAUUGUGUUUGGAACCUUGCUCCAGAGCGUGAGACGGAACGGGGAUGAUACCAAGUGGCUUCUGGAGCUCAAGGAGAAUGAAAAUGUUCGGUACGAGGAGUUUGACAAGGUGGCACUCACUCAUGGCUAUCAAACCAAGGCAGUCAUGCCAACACUGCCAGAUGUCGAAAAGUUUCAGGGGACCGUCAUUCACGCACAGCAAUACAGAUGUGCUCAAGACUUUGCAGGUAAAAAUGUGGUCGUCCUAGGAAUCGGCAGCACGGCUGGCGACAUCAUCGACGAGCUCUUGCCCGUGGCCUCUCAAGUCCACGUCUCCCACCGCCGAGGCAUCGUCAUUGUGCCGCGGUGGAACAAGGGCACGCCAGCCGACCUCGUCGUCAGCUGGCGCAAGCGUCAGAUUGGCGCCUUUCUCCAGCGGUUUUGUCCGCGCCUGGCCAGAUGGGCCGCUGGUGUUGGUAUCGCCUUGCUCAUGCGCCGGAUCUGGGGAACGCUGGAUCCGGCUUGGCGAUUGGCGCCGUAUCCAUCUCAGUUGCUGUCGGUACCGACCUCCUCUGAAACCAUUAUUCCUGCGCUGAGGGAUGGCUCGCUCACAUCCCAGUGGGGAUUAAAUCGCUUCAUCGGACCUCGAUCGAUAGAAUUCGACAAUGGAACAGUUCUCGACGACGUGGGCGCGGUGAUAUGCGCCACCGGAUACGAAGCCGACUUCGACGUGGUCCCAUUUCUCGAGAAGAGCAGACCCCGGAAUUACGGCGGCGACGAGAUUGCCAGGUUGUGGAUGAACAUGUUUCCUCCUUGCUACGCCGACUCCAUGGCGUUGCUCUGCUACUCGGCUUUUGGAAAGAACAAUGGCUUCUCCUUUUGCGAUGUCCAGUCCAUGGCUGUCAGUAACCUCUGGCGCGGCGUGUACCCGCUACCGAGCCGCAAGGACAUGGAGAAGACGAUUGACGCGCACCACGAGUGGGUGGCGUCGUGCUGGAGGCUGGAUGACAAGGUCGACGUGUCCAUGGUCAAGCAGUGGGAAUACCAAGGUUGGCUUCACGAGGCGGCCGGUACGGGCAUGGAAAAUCUCGGCUGGGGUUGGAAAGGGUGGAAGUUUUGGUUCCGGGACCCCAAGAUGUCGUACCUCAUGAAUAAUGGCGUCGAAACGGCGCAUGCUUUCCGGUACUUUAACACUGGCAAGCGGAAAACGUGGCCGGGGGCGAGGGAUGCUAUCAUUCACAUGAAUGAAUUGGCAAAGAUAUUUCCGCUCAAGGAAAAGAAAACCUAA